UGUCCGUAAAAAUAACCUUAAAUUUUUAAUGAACGCAAGUUUGGGAAAAUUGUACUAUUUUUAUUACAAAUAAUCAAAGAUGAACCAGGCUGAUGUUACUAAAUUAGUUUCUAAGUUACGAAUCAAGAUACCUCCUAAACAUCGCCGGCUCAGUGAUCCACAGGGUCCCGAGGGAAGAAUAAAUAAACUUCGUAAAACUGUAACUGGAUUGUUUAAAUAUGAGAGAAUUGAGCUUAAUUAUAAUAGAGCUGAUGAAGCGCGCCAGUACGCUGAACGGUUAAUUGCAGAAGCAAUCAAUCAUGGGGAUUGUCAUAAGUCUACUAUGGAAAUGGCUAACUACUGGCUACUUGAAAAAGAAUUAGUUCAUAAACUAUUCAAAGUUCUAGUUCCUCGUUUUGAAAAUAGUAACUCUGCUUAUACUAGGAUGUUAAAAGCACCACGUCCUGCAUAUGGACGAAAUAUAGACAAAGCUGUCUUAGAAUUACGAGGGAAUCCUUUUCCAUCAUUACAAAAUAAACAAUCCAACAAUAGACAACUACUUCAAAAUGUACUUCUUGAUGCAGCAAAGUAUGAUUACAGACAAGCAAAGUAUGCUGAAAUGGCAGAGAAAAUUUCUAAAUCUGAAGAAAACCAGCCGAAAGAAAAUAAAACUACAGAUUAAACUAAUACAAUAUUUGUUGAUUAAUCUUUAUUAUUUAAGUAAUAGAAUAUAGUGUAUUGCAUAGAUUA